GCACUGGCCGAGGUCUUCGACACACAUUUGCGCGGUCCCGGCUUCGUAAUGGAGCCACCCGGACGUGUUGAGUUCUCCAAUUCGUCUGGCGGUUGGCUUGAUUGCUCGGCGUCGGGUAGCCCGCAGCCCACCAUCGAUUGGGUGCAUGCGGAUGGCACUGCAGUCUCGGAGAUCCAUGGUGUGCGACGUGUACUGCGCAAUGGCACUUUGGUGCUUUUGCCAUUUCCGGCGGCGGCUUAUCACCAGGACGUGCACAAUACGAUUUAUCGCUGCAUUGCUAGCAACAGUGUGGGGCGCAUUGUGUCGCGCGAUGUGCAAGUGCGUGCUGUUGUUGCACAAGCAUACAAAGUGGAUGUCGAGGUGCUGUCUGCCGCCCGAGGAUGCACCGCCAUACUGCGCUGUGUCGUGCCGACUUUCGUAAAGGAAUUGGUGCGAGUGGUCUCGUGGGUUCAUGAACCUGCUAUCUACAUUUAUCCAUCGCUACAAGGAGAUGGCAAAUUCCAUUUACUGCCCACCGGUGAAUUACUCAUUCACAAUUUACAGGAGACUGAUGAAUCGCAAUCGUUUCGUUGCCGUAGCAUGCAUCGUUUGACGCGUCAAGUGGUAGUCAGCUCGCCCACACGCCUCAGAAUCAAUUCUCAUCGCGGCAUCAUUUCACCAAGCGUCGUCGAACACACAUCUCACGUACAAGUUUCGCAAGAUGAGGGCGCUGUUUUGCUAUGCGUAGCGCAGGGCUGUCCAUCACCCGAAUACAGCUGGUACACGCACAACGGUCCCGGCCCAUUGCCCGUGCUUAGUGGUCCACGCGUGCGUCUACUCGGUCCAAUACUCGCCAUCGAGGCGGUAACUAGCGAAGAUUCAGGUGUCUACAAAUGUACUGCCAGCAAUGUGGGCGGUGAAGCGAGCGCCGAAUUGCGCCUCACAGUGGCCACACCCAUACAAGUGGAGAUCUCACCGAACAUACUGAGCGUACAUAUGGGCGGUAAUGCCGAAUUUCGUUGCAUUGUCACGAGUAAUGGCAGUCCGGUGGGCAUGCAAAAUAUACUGUGGUACAAGGAUGGACGACAACUGCCAUCAUCGGGUCGCAUAGAAGACACUUUGAUGGUGACGCGUGUGAGUCGGGAAAAUCGUGGCAUGUAUCAAUGUGUGGUGCGGCGGCCGGAGGGCGACACCUUUCAGGCGACGGCGGAGCUGCAGUUAGGAGAUGCACCGCCAGUACUGCUGUACAGCUUCAUCGAACAAACACUGCAGCCGGGACCGGCUGUGAGCUUGAAAUGCUCAGCAGCCGGAAAUCCAACACCGCAAAUUUCAUGGACAUUGGACGGAUUUCCACUGCCAUCAAACGGAAGAUUUAUGAUUGGGCAAUACAUCACUGUCCAUGGCGAUGUAAUUAGUCACGUCAACAUUAGCCAUGUCAUGGUGGAGGAUGGUGGCGAAUACUCGUGCAUUGCAGAGAAUCGUGCGGGAAAGGUUCAGCAUGCGGCGCGCUUAAAUAUUUAUGGCCUUCCCUACAUACGCUUAAUACCGAAAGUCACUGCCGUGUCUGGUGAAACCCUAAACUUGAAGUGUCCUGUUGCUGGAUAUCCCAUAGAGGAAAUACACUGGGAGCGAAGCGGUCGCGAAUUGCCUGAUGAUAUCCGACAACGUGUUCAACCGGAUGGCUCAUUGACCAUCAAUCCGGUGCAAAAGAAUACCGACUCGGGCGUAUACACAUGCUGGGCACGCAACAAACAGGGGCAUAGUGCGCGUCGUAGUGGCGAAGUCACCGUUAUAGUACCUCCAAAAUUGAGUCCUUUUCAGACAUCUAUUCUACAGCUGAAUAUGGGUGAUCGGGCAUCACUAACCUGCUCGGUGGUGAAAGGUGACUUACCACUAACCAUCACCUGGCGUAAAGACAACAGGCCCAUCGACCCGACACAGCAUAUGUCCGUAAAGCAGGUGGAUCAGUAUAAUAGCAUAUUGGUAAUAGAAAAUCUUGGCUCCGACCAUACGGGCAACUAUUCGUGCGUGGUGCGAAAUUCUGCGGCGGAGGUGGAGAAUUCGCAGUCGUUGCUGGUUAACGUGCCGCCACGCUGGAUUGUUGAGCCGACCGAUGCAAAUGUGGAACGCAACCGCCAUAUAAUGCUGCAUUGUCAGGCGCAGGGUGUGCCAACGCCCAGUAUUGUUUGGAAGAAGGCUACAGGCAGUAAGUCUGGUGAAUACGAGGAGGUGCGAGAGCGGCCUUUCACCAAAUUAUUGAGCAACGGUUCGCUGCUACUGCAACACGUUAAAGAGGAUCGUGAAGGCUUCUACCUUUGUCAAGCGAACAAUGGCAUUGGAACUGGCAUCGGAAAAGUUAUACAGCUAAAAGUAAAUUCUUCGCCGUACUUUUCAUCCACUUCACGCUCGGUAACGGUGAAAAAAGGUGACACAGCGCUUUUGCAAUGCUCUGUCAGCGGUGACAAACCGAUUAAUAUCGUUUGGAUGCGUUCGGGCAAAAAUACGUUGAAUCCAUCAACAAAUUACAAAAUUUCGGUGAAGCAAGAGGCCACACCUGAUGGUGUUUCUGCCGAAUUGCAAAUACGCAUGGUGGAUGCCAGCGAUAGUGGCCCGUACUUUUGUCGUGCGAGCAAUCUCUAUGGCAAUGAUCAGCAAUUGGUGCAGCUGCAGGUGCAGGAGCCACCACAACCGCCCACCGUUUUGGAGGCGGCUAUGAUUUCUAGUCGUUCGGUGAAUUUGAAAUGGCAACCGAAAACAAUGAACACAGCGGAUAUCUCAAAAUACAUUGUGGAAUUCAAGGAAAUGGACCCACUCUUCAUCGAGCAGUGGCAACAAGUAGAGGUCAAAGAUCCACCAACGUACACAACGUUAAUUGAAAAUCUUAAGCCAGCAACACGUUAUUCCUUUCGCGUAAUAGCCGAAGGCACUGCCGGCCGCAGCGCACCGAGUCAAGAGUUAGUGGUGCGCACCGAACCACAACGUCCCGCCGGACCGCCGCUCAAUCUCUCAGUACGUCCAUUGUCUUCCACCGAGUUACUAGUCAGCUGGUUGGCGCCGCUCGUAGAAUUGCGUCACGGCGACAUACAAGGCUACAAUGUUGGCUACAAAUUGGCCAGCUCGGGCAACUCGGCAUACAAUUUUACCUCAGUGUCCGGUGAUGGCGAUGGUGGCACCGGCGAACUCUUGCUAAGCGGCUUACAGAGAUUCGCGCGUUACAAUGUUGUUGCGCAGGCCUUCAAUCAGGUGGGACCCGGUCCACUCUCUGAGCCGGUGUCGGCGCAAACAAUGGAAGACGUGCCAAGCCGGCCGCCGGAGGAUAUACGUUGCGCCGCAUUGACCUCACAAUCGCUGCAAGUUUCGUGGCAGCCGCCGCCAAUCUACCAUACCAAUGGUCUCUUGCAGGGUUACAAAUUAAUUUUCGAGCCUAUUCUGGACGACUUUUCCCUCAACAAAGACGAAGUUGAAUCACGCAAGACAACUGCUCUAACCACAGUGCUGACGGGAUUACGCAAGUACACCAACUACAGCAUACAAGUGCUGGCACACACACGCAUGGGUGAUGGCGCACUAUCCAACCCACUCUACUGUCACACCGAGGAGGAUGCGCCCGAAGCGCCGGCUGACAUCAAAGUGGUCGUUAGCUCACCGCAAUCUUUGUCUGUCUCAUGGUUGCCACCUACGGAACCGAAUGGGGUCAUCACAAAAUAUAAUCUAUAUACGCGCGUCGUAAACGGGCGAGAAGAGCUAAAUAAUGAAAAACGUAGUUUGCCGUCACAGCAGGCGCAUUACGAGGCGAAAAAUCUGCAUCCUCACAUGGAGUACCAGUACUGGGUGACCGCCUCCACGCGUGUUGGUGAAGGCAAAAGCUCGCGUGUCGCCUCACAGAUUACAACCAAUCGUGUGCCCGCACGCAUUGUCUCCUUCGGUGGUCCGAUAGUGCGGCCAUGGCGCUCAACUGUUACGUUGCCGUGCACGGCAGUUGGCAAACCGAAACGUGAAUGGUACAAGGCGGAUUCACUGCUGCGUCAAGGCGGCCUACACAAUUCUCAGCUACUUGAUUCAGGCGACUUGAUUAUCUCGAGUUUACAGAUUUCGGAUAGUGGCAACUACAGUUGUCAGGUGGACAACGGCAUUGGCACGGAUCGGCUGACACACGUACUAUUGGUGCAAGUGCCACCUUCGGCGCCGGUGCUGUAUGUGACUAGCGCUACUUCGAGCAGUAUUCUGAUGCACUGGAAAUGCGGAUUCACUGGUAAUGCACCAAUCACUGGCUAUACGCUCUUCUAUCGACGCGCUAACAGUAAUAUGGAUGAGAUGCUUUUGUCACGUCAUGCAUCUAGUCACGAACUGAAGGGGCUAGUGUGUGGUAGCACUUAUCAAAUUCAUUUGACGGCUCACAAUAAGGUGGGCACCUCACCGGCCAGCAUCACUUUGCAUGUGCGCACGCAAGGGCAAUCACCCGGAAUGCCGUCAACCACCAGCCUGAUUGCACCCAACUCUACUACAGUAUUGGUGCGUUUGCACACAUGGCCAGACAAUGGUUGUCCGAUGCUUUACUUUGUCCUGCAAUACCGGCCGGUGACCGAUGAGCCCGAGCGCGAUUGGAUAUUGGUAUCGAACGCUUUAAAACCGCAGCGUCGUUUCACCAUUUCCGGACUACAGCCAUCGACUCUUUAUCAGCUGCGCAUGGAGGCACAUAAUGUGGCCGGUGUUUCGCAGGCCGAAUUCACAUUUGUCACUCUCACCAAGGAUGGAGAGCAGCCACCGCCGGAGAUAGUGCAGCGCGGUCAACGUGGCACCAACGUUUUCUAUGGAAAUGUGAAUCUAUUGAUACCGAGCAUUGCCACAUUGUCGGGCAUGAUUUGCACAAUAGCGCUGGUGGUCAUGUGCUAUCGACAUAAACAAGGAAAUCGUAUACAAAAGGAAUCGCUGGAGAAUCGUCAGAACUCGGAGGCAGCGCAGCGGGAACGCUAUUAUGCCACCAUUCACAAAGUGUCGAUGCAGAAUAACGACAAAAUUCCUGAGACAUCCGAGGAUAUUUCACCGUAUGCCACAUUUCAAUUAUCCGAGACGGGAAACAUGUCACAGCCACAUCAUGCCGGUCCAGCUAAUACGCUUUUGCAUUCCUUUAUGUAUCACGAGCGUGCCUUGACCGAGGGUUGCUCGUCACCACCACCCGCAGCGGUAUUAAAACCAACCCAACACCAAAAUCACCACCAUCACCUGAAUUAUCAUUACAACCACAAUCAACGUCCAACUAAGACAAACUAUAAUCAUUAUCAGACCUCGCCAUUUCAUAAUAUCUCUUCGAAGAAUCGUCGCCGUCAUUCGCGGAAAACUGAGCCAGAGAGUGAGGAGUCCGAAUCGGAUCAGGAUCAAUUGACGUCAAGUCGUACGGAGUCAUCCAAUCAGCAUGAGGGAAAAAUAAAGCAUAACUCUAAAAAAAUGCAACAUUUUCUAAAUCACAACAUAUCGAAAACAUAUCUGUAGUACCAAAUGCAG